UGUGCGCGCGUAGGAGCGCGCCUCUGAGCGCUCGGCGCUCCCCCGCCCCAACCAGGGGCACUUCGCGCGGAGGGAGCCGUAGCCGCGGAAAUAAGAGGGAGCGAGAGAAACCCUCUCAAAGUGACGUCCCUAACAGGUCCCGAUUUCGCUUUCGAAGCUGAAGGCAGCCAGAAAUUGGGACUCCUGUGCCUCCUCCGCACACCCGGGGGGUCCCCCCACCCCCGCCCCGAAUCCCCGGAGGUUUGCCGCUCGCCUGCUUCCCGCCCCCGGCUCCUAGGUCGCGGGCGGCGGGCGUCCCGUCAGCCGCGGCUUCCUCUUAGACACCCGCCGGCGCGCAUGAGGCCGCUGCCCCCGCCGCAGGCACUGGCGCCCCCUUCGCCGUGCCCGUGGUGAUGCCAUGCCCCGCCACCACGCGGGAGGAGAGGAGGGCGGCGCCGCCGGGCUCUGGGUGAAGAGCGGCGCGGCGGAGGCGGGCGGGGGGCGCCUGGCCAGCGGCAUGAAGGAUGUGGAGUCGGGCCGGGGCAGGGUGCUGCUGAACUCGGCGGCCGCCAGGGGCGACGGCCUGCUGCUGCUGGGCACCCGCGCGGCCGCGCUCGGCGGUGGCGGCAGCGGCGGCGGCGGCUUGAGGGAGAGCCGCCGGGGCAAGCAGGGGGCCCGGAUGAGCCUGCUGGGGAAACCGCUCUCUUACACCAGUAGCCAGAGCUGUCGGCGCAACGUCAAGUACCGGCGGCUGCAGAACUACCUGUACAACGUGCUGGAGAGACCCCGCGGCUGGGCGUUCGUCUACCACGCGUUCGUUUUUCUCCUUGUCUUUGGUUGCUUGAUUUUGUCAGUGUUUUCCACCAUCCCUGAACACACAAAAUUGGCCUCAAGUUGCCUCUUGAUUCUGGAAUUCGUGAUGAUUGUCGUCUUUGGUUUGGAGUUCAUCGUUCGAAUCUGGUCUGCAGGUUGCUGUUGUCGGUAUCGAGGAUGGCAAGGGAGAUUGAGGUUUGCCCGAAAGCCCUUCUGUGUUAUAGAUACCAUUGUUCUUAUCGCUUCAAUAGCAGUUGUUUCUGCAAAAACUCAGGGUAAUAUUUUUGCAACGUCCGCACUCAGAAGUCUCCGUUUCCUACAGAUCCUCCGUAUGGUGCGCAUGGACCGAAGGGGCGGCACUUGGAAAUUACUAGGUUCUGUGGUUUAUGCUCACAGCAAGGAACUGAUCACAGCUUGGUACAUAGGAUUUUUGGUUCUUAUUUUUUCAUCUUUCCUUGUCUACCUGGUGGAAAAGGAUGCCAAUAAAGAGUUUUCUACAUAUGCAGAUGCUCUUUGGUGGGGAACAAUUACAUUGACAACGAUUGGCUAUGGAGACAAAACUCCCCUCACUUGGCUGGGAAGAUUGCUUUCUGCAGGCUUUGCACUCCUUGGCAUUUCUUUCUUUGCACUUCCUGCCGGAAUUCUUGGCUCAGGUUUUGCAUUAAAAGUGCAAGAACAGCACCGCCAGAAACACUUUGAGAAAAGAAGGAACCCAGCUGCCAACCUCAUUCAGUGCGUUUGGCGUAGUUAUGCAGCUGAUGAGAAAUCUGUUUCCAUUGCAACCUGGAAACCCCACUUGAAGGCCUUGCAUACCUGCAGCCCUACCAAGAAAGAACAAGGGGAAGCGUCAAGCAGUAAGGUCUGUAGUAAUAAGCAGAAGCUCUUCAGAAUGUACACCUCACGGAAGCAGAGUUGGGGACAGUGGACAAUGCGUCAGAAGCUAAGUUUUAAGGAGCGAGUGCGAAUGGCCAGCCCAAGGGGCCAGAGUAUCAAGAGCAGACAAGCCUCAGUCGGCGACCGGAGAUCCCCAAGCACAGACAUCACAGCUGAGGGAAGCCCCACCAAAGUGCAGAAAAGCUGGAGCUUCAACGACCGAACCCGCUUCCGGCCCUCGCUGCGCCUCAAGAGCUCUCAGCCAAAACCAGUGAUGGACGCUGACACAGCGCUUGGCACAGAUGAUGUAUAUGAUGAAAAAGGAUGCCAGUGUGAUGUAUCAGUAGAAGACCUCACCCCACCACUUAAAACUGUCAUUCGAGCUAUCAGAAUUAUGAAAUUUCACGUUGCAAAACGGAAGUUUAAAGAAACAUUACGCCCGUAUGAUGUAAAAGAUGUCAUUGAACAAUAUUCUGCUGGUCAUCUGGACAUGUUGUGUAGAAUUAAAAGUCUUCAAACCCGUGUUGAUCAAAUUCUUGGAAAAGGGCAAAUCACAUCAGAUAAGAAGAGUAGAGAGAAAAUAACAGCAGAACACGAGACCACAGAUGACCUCAGUAUGCUCGGCCGAGUGGUUAAGGUUGAAAAACAGGUACAGUCCAUUGAGUCAAAGCUGGACUGCCUGUUAGACAUAUAUCAACAAGUCCUCCGGAAAGGCUCCGCAUCAGCACUCACUUUGGCCUCAUUCCAGAUCCCCCCUUUUGAAUGUGAACAGACAUCUGACUAUCAAAGCCCUGUGGACAGCAAAGACCUGUCCAGUUCCGCACAAAACAGUGGCUGCUUAUCCAGAUCAGCGAGUGCCAACAUCUCUCGAGGCCUGCAGUUCAUUCUAACACCAAAUGAGUUCAGUGCUCAGACUUUCUACGCACUCAGCCCUACUAUGCACAGUCAAGCACCGCAGGCGGCAAUGAGUCAAGGUGAUGGCUCCGCCCUGGCAUCCAACAAUAUUGCAAACCAAAUAAAUGUGGCACCCAAGCCAGCAGCCCCAACAACCUUACAGAUCCCGCCUCCUCUCCCAGCCAUCAAGCAUCUGCCAAGGCCAGAGACUCUACACCCAAACCCCACAGGCUUACAGGAAAGCAUUUCUGAUGUCACCACCUGCCUUGUUUCUUCCAAGGAAAAGGUUCAGGUUGCACAGUCAAAUCUGACCAAGGACCGCUCUCUAAGGAAGAGCUUUGACAUGGGAGGAGAAACUCUGUUGUCCGUCCGCCCCAUGGUGCCCAAAGACUUGGGCAAAUCUUUGUCUGUACAAAACCUGAUCAGGUCGACAGAAGAACUGAAUAUACAGCUUUCAGGGAGUGAGUCAAGUGGCUCCAGAGGCAGCCAAGAUUUUUAUCCCAAAUGGAGGGAAUCCAAAUUGUUUAUAACUGAUGAAGAAGUGGGUCCCGAAGAGACAGAGACAGACACUUUCGACACCUUGCCACAGCCGGCCAGGGAAACUGCUUUUGCAUCAGACUCACUAAGGACUGGAAGGUCACGAUCAUCUCAGAGCAUUUGUAAGGCAGGAGAAAGUACAGAUGCCCUCAGCUUGCCUCACGUCAAACUGAAAUAAGUUCUUCAUUUCCUUUCUAGGCAUAGCAGUUCCUUUAGCCAUACAUAUCAUUGCAUGAACUACUUUGAAAGUCCUUCUAAAAAGUUGAAAUUGCAAGAAUCAGGAAGAACAUGAAAGGCAGUUUAUAAGCUCGUUAUCUUUUAAUUGCAUGAAAAUGCAUGUUUAGGGAUGGCUGAAAUUCCAAGGUACAUCAACAUUAACCCACUCGUUUUUUAACGUACCUUGAGUUAAAAAUCCUGAGAAACCAAACACUGUUAAUGCCAUGGGGUGUAUGAAAAUGUCAAGAUUGGGUCAUUUCAAAGAUUGGACUCUGUAUUUUGAAAUUAUGAGAGUAAGCACCCUCAAGUUUCAGGCAUUUCUGCUUUGUGAUUAAAUACAAAAUACGUUUCUCAAAUUCGGCUACAAUGUAUAUUUAAACACAAUGGCUACAUCAACAAUUGCUGACAAGGUGUUGAGUAAAGCAAAAUUGGGGAAAAAUAGAAAUGGCUGCUUAUUUCAAGAUAUAUUUGCCAACCCAUUCUUAUUCAGCCAUUUUAUUAUUAAUGUAAUUUGAAUGUCAAUUUGUGUGCUUUGGUGAUUUGCCGCUGUAGCAAGCAAUUUUGCACAUCAUUUUCAUGUUGUUCUUUAUGAUGAGAAUGUUCUUCAAUUAGAAAAUGUGCAAAUAAUAAAAUUCAGGGCCAGUGGGGUGAGGAGACUAUUUGACACAUUCAACCUCAUGGAAACAUAUUCCCUGACAGCUGGAUCAGUUUUCUCAGUGGUUGACCUCCACCCAAGCAGUGGGAAAACCAGUGUGAUCGGGAGGAUCUCUCUGCGGGUCACGCCUUCCAGACUUGCUAUGCCUGCCCCCCGCCCCCAAAGGGGGACAUGCGAGGAUCCGUUCCAGCUUAGCUCAUAGACAGGCAGGAUCCCAGGCACUGAAAGGUCUGACUGAGACUGAUAUGGAAAAGUCUUGAAAAGAAUCUAGACACAACACCAGAAAGUAGGUAAAGGUAAAGAAAAUGAUCCCUCCUCCCCAAAGGGCAAUGAGAGGGAGAGAAAUAAACCAAAAUCAAAGAACUUGAUUUUUUGAAAAAUCAUUAUUGCUAAGGAAUUCAACUACCUAAACGUCCCUUAUUCUUAUAUAUAAACAGAAUUUUGCAAGGUAUUUAUUUUUUAAUGUGCCCUGAAUGGUCUUUGCUAUUAUGUAGUACGUGCUGAAUAUGAAAGGCUAAAACUAAACCUCCUUUGCUUUUUAUACUGUAGUGAAAAUUUUCUAGUCUCCCCAAGAAUUUUGCCCCAAAUCUGAAAUUAUUGGCUUGUUUCCUAGUAUAAACAUUUGCCAUUAGAAACCAGGGUCUACUAAUCAAAGUACUUAAUUGUGUAUGGAAGCAGCACCAUGUUUGCCAGAAAGCAGGCAACACUGACCACUUGUUAGAAACCAGGCUAGCUGUCUCAGAACUUCAGCCAAGAGAGAGCAUUUCAAAUCUGUUAAACCUAGCACAGGAGAACUUAGGAAGACUUUCUUCCUUAACAGAUGGUGCUGCCUACAGAAAACUUCUCCAGCAGCCAGAAAGACUGGGCAGGGAUUUCAAUAGGCUACCCAGCGGAAGAGACCCUGAAAUCUACCAGUCAUACCAAACCCUCUUCCGAUCAGCUUUCUGCAUCUCCCUCCACUUUUCUUCUCUAUUAGCUGUUUAUCCAUUUCCUGCCAUUUUGCUUCUGAACCUCACCGCAUGUUAAUCAGCCUACAUCCUCACAAAACCACUUUUACAUUCUACCUAAAAUUUGCAUUUUAAUGUUUCAAAUCCUUGCCUCUUUGAUCAUCACGACAAUUCUAAAAGCUUCCUUUUCUCAUCUUGCUUGUCUUCUAGUAUGUUCUAGUAUGCCCCCUGGACAGUGUCACUCAGAAUCUUCUUGGCUGCUGGAGAUACACAGAUUGAGUUUAAAUUUUAUACUCCAGUUAAAAUAAUCACUUUUAAAUGAUUGUUUUCAUUGUGAAAACAUAAUAGUAAAUUGUAAAAUGCGGGUUUUUAUCCACCACGUCUCUACUUGAUCUGAGGUUACACACGGUGAUCAUACAUACAUGCGCGCACACACCUCCAUUGAUCUACAGGCAGACACUUGCCAUGCACUCGGCAGGCUCUUUCCAAACACAGAUGAGCAGCAAGGAAGGAGGCAGCAAGUUCAGUUAGCACUAAUUCUUGGACAUACUGUGUCCUGGGUCAAACCCCACUGGCAGCAGGACUUCUGAAUGUAUUGGAAUCCCCUCCUGAGGCCACUUUAGGCUUAAAACAUAAAGCAGUUCAUCCAACAUUGCUGAAAACUGAAGAUUCGGAAACAAAAUGUAAACACGUUACUGAGGUCUUACUCAGAGAAAACUGCAGUAAACAGCCUUGUGAAGAACUUUUCUACAUUGAAGCCAUGACUAUUUUGUGUCUAACUUAUUCUAGCACAAAAAUUUUCAGAUAUUGAAAGACAGUUGUUCUGUGUGAAAACUGUAGGGUUCUGUCUGUUGUGUCCCUCUGUGAAGUUGAGCAGGGUCUCCCACUUACACUGAGCAAAGUCCCAUCAGUCAAUCCCAAAGGGUGUUUUGAAGCACAAUUUAGCUGAGCACUGAGAAGACCCGAGUUUUCUCAGUUCAGGUUUGCCUGCCUUCUUCAAUGCAUAGGGUUGAUCAAACUAACACUUAAUCGUAAACAGCCCUUGUAUGAGGUUGACUAAAAAAUAUUGCUAUGUCUGAUCUAAAUGUUUGCAUUUUGUUCAACUAAAUUAAUAUCUGUAGAUUACAAGUUUUGUUUAAAGUAAGAUACUUUAUUAAGUUUUUAAGUCAAUUCCUCCUGUUCUAAGGUGCCUUUCUCACCUCCCAUUGACUCGGUGAUUCUGAAAGUCCUUAAAUUGCAGGUAAAACACAUCUACUUGAGAGGAGGAAACAAGGCACAAAAUGACUAAUCCUCAACCCCGUUUACAGACAAAACUUAAGGAACCUGAAUAACAGAUUAAUUGACCACUUCAUUUAAUCAGAUUUAGAAAAUAUCAUAGAUGUUAAUUUAUCUUCCCAGAAGCUGAUAUAUUUUGCCUUAAAUAACAUGGCUGUGUUUUUGUAAGAGAAAUUUAAUUUAAUAUAAUUAUGUGCAUUUAAGCGAGCAGUUCUAAAAGUCAUGUAUGACAAUGCAAUUGUCUGUUUCCUGAAAACAAAUAGAUCAGGAAUAUCGUAUCCAUUUCAAGCUACCAUUAAAAUGUAAUUUCCUUUGCUCUCUUUUACUGGGAUUAUUUGUUUUAAAGUAAAAC